CCGAGUAGAGUCAAAAAUUAUGAAAAAGCAAGAAGACGUCUGCGUUGCUAGUAAGGGAGUGUCUACGAAAGUGAAAAAAUACUUCCGCCUAGCAACACCUUGUUUGGCUCCUCCCAUGGUUACCAAGUAGCGAAGCUGCGGAGAAAGCAACAUGGCUCAGAGGGAGAAUGGAGCGUUCGUUCUUCACGGGAGGAAAGCGGCGCUCAGUGAAAAGCCAUAUGAAUUCCUGAGCAAUACACAGAAAACCACCAGCAGCCACAACCUCAGCUUUCAGGGAGCAGCCCUUAACCGCAGACUACAUGCCAGCCAUGACAGGUCUAAAGCGAUCACCAACAGUCCAGUAUCAAAGUACACCAAAGAAAAUCCAAGCAUCGAUGACUUAGAGUAUAGUUUACAGAAGCUUAGAGUACAAGUAGACAGCUUGGCCUCUAGUCUUAAUUUGGACUAUGAGAAAAAUAUCAAGCCCUAUAGCUCUAAAGCUGUAAACAGACCUCAAUGGGCGACACAUACAAAUGGUACCUCUUCUGAAAUAUACAGUAGUAGCUCAGUAAAACCAAUACCGGAUUCGGACUGUUUUUUUAAGCCAAAUCACUUUAUGAAAUCACAGGAAAACUACUCUCCAGUUCAGAGCACUGGUUUGCCAACAUAUACAUCAUCUCCUUAUUCAGUGGGAAGAGAGAUUUCCGGGAUGGAUUCAGUGUCUUCAGCAGUGUCCCCUUUUGAUAUUGCCUACAGUGAAAAAAUUCCUGUGAAGCUUGGAGCACCUCAUGUGGUUGGAGUCAAAUCUCUUCUUCCUCCCAAAAUUCCUGUCCGCUCUCGCUCUCUAGAAAAAUCAAAAGCCUCAGUUGUGCGAGGAAGGUCACAAUCCCUAGACCGAUCUCACUCCUUUUCACCUGUUUACAAAAAAGCAAGAUGGCCGAGAUCACGCUCACAAUCGCCGAAACCUGUAUGGAGGCCGAACUCUGCCAAAGCCAAUGCCUGUGGUCAACCAGCACCACGACCAAAGUACUGUGGGAAAACUUCUUCCUCCAACAGACAAUCGCGGUCAAGGUUCUACAGGCCUGGUUCUGUGGUUACAAGAUCUGUUACACCAUUCAGGAAAUCAAAGAGUAAUCUCAGUUAUUCCUGGAGCCCUUAUAGUAUACCAUCAGCUUCAAUAUCUGCACCAAGUGCUGAGGAAAUUAGCGAAAAAUUCUUACAGACACUAACUGAGGGUGGUGUGGGAAGAUCAGUUUUGGAAGCAUCACCCUAUCAACAGGAACUUGCAAGGCUAAGACUAGAGCGGCUUCGGGUGGAAGAAGACCUGCUACUAGAGAUUAAGAGGCAGCAAGAGUUGGAACGAACCAGAGGGCCAAGGCCUAAGUGGUAUGAGAUGAAAAACUCCCAGUUUCACUAUGAAGCAUGGAAAAAUAAUGAGUUGCUAAAAAGUAGCAAGGAGUAUCCAUCCAUAUAUAACUACCGCCAGGAACUUACUGCAGCUUCCCGCAACUUCAAGGAACACCUUAAAAUUACACACUUGGAUCCUGUAUAGGUUGUGGGCCACCUGCUGCACAGUGGAUUCUUCUAUUGUUAGCCUGUCUGUGUAUGUGUGCCUUUGUCUGUGGAAUGGCUGAUGAAAAUUUUU